AUGGAAAAGUUAUCUCUUAGAAAAUCAUGUAGCAGUGAAGAAGAGACCUGUUACGAAGCUUACAAAAAUUCGAAUAUUAGCGAUGAAGAACAGCCGAGAUUUUUCAGAAAAAGAAAUAUAAAUAGAAUUACGUCAGAUUCUGAUUCGGAUACUGAUACAUGCGCUGAUUCUCAACGUGAAGAUACUAUUUCUGAUAUUUUACAAGAAUUGAUUAUUGAGGAAGAAAGAAACGUUGAUACCGAAGAAUGUGCAAUUCAAUUUAGUGAAUGGAACGAAUUUAGUUGUCGGCAACAAUUAUUUCCUUUUAUUGGGACAGGUGGUCUUAUUAGGGAAUUACCUAGCGAUAUCAGUCCCUACGAUUCGUUUGCUUUGUUCGUUGAUGACGAAGUAAUAGACCUGCUUGUAUUAGAAACAAAUAGAUACGCCGAACAAAAAUUAAAUAAAUCUGAGUUAACCCCAUCUUCACGGAUGCAUAAAUGGACACCCACUAAUUCUGAAGAAAUAAAAAAAUUUUUGGGAUUGAUGUUGUGGAUGGGAUUUGUAAAAGCAAACCCUGUAUCUAAUUAUUGGUCGAAAAUUAUAUAA